AUGGUUCAAUUCGGUUAUCUCGGCCUGCUUGUAUUGGUCUAUCAAGGUGGGCUACAUACCUCGUUCCAAUCCCUCAAAGCCAACCUACUCCUAUCUUCUGCUGUCGCUCUUACUGGCAUCGCCGUCCCCAUUGGCCUGUCCUACACCCUGCAGGAGCUCCUGGACGCGACCCCUCUGCAAGCAUUCGCUGCAGGUGCUGCACUAUGCUCGACCAGUCUUGGCACCACUUUCACCGUCCUGGGCUCUAGUGGACUCUCCACUUCUCGGCUCGGUGUGGUCCUCGCCAGCGCUGCCAUGAUGGACGAUGUCGUCGGAUUGGUCAUGGUCCAAGUCAUCUCCAAUCUGGGGGGCGACGACUUCAGCUGGGUCACUGCCGUCCGCCCAGUGCUUGUCUCAGUUGCUUUCGCCACGGCCGUGCCUCUCGUGUGCCUAUGCAUCGCCAGACCCAUCACAUUCUGGCUAAACAAGUACCGCGAAGAGCAUCCAUCCACGACACUCAGCCUUCUCCUGCUGAAGCCACAGACUGUCUUCUUCCAUCACACUCUCUUAUUGAUUGGACUUGUCACGGCUGCAACAUAUGCUGGUACCUCUGGUCUUUUCGCCGCCUAUCUUGCCGGAGCCAGCAUCAGCUGGUGGGACUCGGAGUUGCCCCAUCCACCUUCUCCUGUUCGAAAGCUUUCGCCCACCGCAGCCGAUGUGAAGAAGACAGGGCCUGGUGCUGAAGCUAUCCGCGAGCCGACAGGUUCACAAUCCAAGACCGAUGUACCUAUGGAGAGCGCUGUCACGGCUGCUGCGAGCGAGGCCAAUCACAACAGCAGUCACACUACGGAGACAGCCCAACAUGAUCAUGUGCCCAACGCUCAGCUCCAUGAGCAGGACACGACUGGCUCGGCCAUUUAUCAGCGUUAUUACCACCCGUCAGUAUCCAAGAUCCUACAGCCACUGUUCUUCGCCUCCAUUGGCUUCUCUAUACCCAUCACCCGCAUGUUCAACGGGCCUAUUGUGUGGAGAGGUAUUGUCUACGCCGUCCUGAUGGCAUUUGCAAAGUUGGCAUGCGGUCUGUGGCUUGUUAGAUUUUCAGUCAUGCCAGGCAAGGGGACCCUGAGCCGAUCACUCGCAAAAGUAAAGUUCCCAUCGAUCCCGCACUUGUGGGGGAGAAGCGCACGGGGAGCUCCAUCGAAUCCACAAAGUGCAACGAAUCCUACUUUGACGAGUGGAGCCAGCCUGGAAGCUCGUAGCUCACCGAGCCCACCCAAGCCCGUCUCACUCCAUCCACCGCUUAUACUAGCACUCGCAAUGUGUGCCCGGGGUGAAAUAGGCUUCCUGAUAUCUGGCGUCGCUGAGUCGAAUGGCAUCUUCUCGGCCUCAGGGGUUGCGUCAGCAGAUGAACCAUCGGACAUUUUCCUUGUCGUGACCUGGUCUAUUGUGCUGUGCACAAUCUUGGGGCCCCUGGGUGUUGGCAUGUCGGUGCGGAGAGUGAAGAAGCUUCAGGAGCGCAAGAAUAGGCAGCAAGAAGGUAGUGGGCGAGAUGUGCUAGGUGUCUGGGGUGUUGAUUGA